AUGGGCUGCUGCGAAUCUCAUAACGAAAUAUGGGAAAUUGAGGUAAAAGCAUAUGGAUCUCGAAUUGCCGAAAAUCAAAAUAUGCAUCAAGAGAUAGUUGAAGAAUUCAGCGAUAUAAGUCUUGAUUCUAUUCAAGACUAUCACGACUACAAGAGCUCCUUUAACACAUGUAAUGAUUUUCAUUCUAUGAAAAGCUCAUAUCCAUGCACACCGGUAUCUACAAGCUCGUCAUUCCAUCGGAAAGAGCACGAGCUCGCAUUUUUAAUAACCCUACCUGACCUGAAGAAGCAGAUUAAGGAUUUUAGCUCUGCUGCCGAAAUGAGCUUAUAG